AUGGGGCGGAGAUAUAUUGCCAACUACGGACGCGACACCGUCGAGUACACCCGGCCAGCCAACGACUUUGUGCUCCGACUGCCGGAGAACACCCCGAUCGGGAAGGUCGUCUACAACGUGAUGGCCAUCAGGCGAGCCGAUGCCGGCAACUCGUCCGAGCGCAUCAAGUACACGGCUACGCCCCUCUCAUCCGCCGAUGAGGGAUAUCUGGAUGUGGACGAGCGAACGGGAGAUAUUUUCGUAACGGGGGCUCUCGAUUACGAGAAGCUCCGUUUUAUUACGUCGACAUCAAGAACACCAAAGCUAAUGGCAAAUGACCCGAGCCCGGGGAGGUCAAAGAGUCCCGGCGUCACCAACCGUAUCGUCAUCCAUUUGCGCCAGAAGCGGGACGGCGAUUUUGAUCAGGCGGAUUUACACACCGUUGUUCCAAAGCUCGUCGCCUCCGAACUUGCCGCUCCGAAUAAAAAGCCCCAACGAUCUCUGGAGACCAAACCGCCACGCCUCAUUCGUGAUUCCGAAUUCAUAGAGGUGGAAAAGAGGAGCUCCGGAAUUCUCAGGAGGCAGAGCUCAAAACGCAGCGAGUACGUGACAAGCUCGGAUGACGGGCCGGGGAUACGAGACAAAACGAUGAACAUCUAUUUGCCGGGUGGUACCGGGCUUACCGGAAGGCAACCAGAAUCCGGAGAAGCUGGAAAGGAACGAGCCGGGAUUCUGAAGAAUGGGGCCGGAAAGAAGAGAACAUCUACCAUGAGCUCUGGAUCUUCAAUGGGCAGCCCGCCGGGGAGAAAGUGGAGUGCAGGAAGUCAAACCGAGCUGCAUAUCCGAAUCCCAGACUCCCCGCCCUCGUCAGCCUCCCUAUCGCUCCUCUCUUCUGGCCCUCGUCCAUCGAUUCGCAUUGUCAGACAGGAUCCAGAUGAUUCGAGUGGCUAUGAGUCGGGCUAUUUAUCCCAUAUCGAUCUCAAUACUCCGGAUCUACUUUCGAGGCCCGGUUCGGAACUACAGCGGCCAGAAUCUCGCCAAUUAAAGGAGCCGGGAAGGCGGCCAUACCGGGCCGAGUCCCACGACGAGAUACGGGCAUUCCGGAGCCCGCCGGACGCGCCGGGAUCGCUCGCCCGUUCAGCCACCGCCUCGCAUAUUGGGCUGAGCGAGCAGUUGGUGUCCGGAUUACGCAACCGCAUCGACAAGACCAAGUUCAUCACGUGCACAUUCGAGGCGGCAAACGCAGGGCUGGAUACGGUGCUGCCGGAUGUGGUACAGGAAUUGAAGAGACUAAAAGAAGCUGUCCACGCCGUGCUCCGCGAGAACAACCGAGCCGUCCUCCGGGCAGAAGAUGAGGCCGGCGACGUGAAGCUGUCCAGCGAUCGCCUGGCCGAAUCGAAUACGCGGGAGAAUCAGCGGAGAAAUCAGAGGAAUGAUAGUUUUGAAGGUGUCUACCAGCGCUGUUACAUCCAUCUCCUGCCAUACUGUCACCACGACACUGCACAUUGGCAUCAUCCGUACUGGGAUUGGGAGAGUCUCGAUCGGAAUAUGCCGAUCCUUCCCCACGCUGAACUCUUUGCCGCCCGGGACACCGACCCGAAGACGUCGACGAUUCUAGCGCUGCACUUGCUCCUCCGAGCCGAGCACCCCCUAUUCGAAGACUCGGCCGAUGAGCGUCUCCUCCGUGUCGAUCUCAUUGAUGUAGAUGACAACCAACCACAAAUUAUGCAGAGCCCGUACACCGUAUUCCCAGCUCCUCUACCGGCCGGCGAAACAACGAAAAUUGGGCGCAUCGCGGCGUUCGACCUCGACGCCGAGCCGUUCAACCACAUCACCUACCAUUUGAUGCCAAAAUGCAAUCAGCAAUACCCUGAACUUGUUGAAGUCGACGCGGCCACUGGGGUGCUAUCAUUUACGCGGGAGGUUCCGAAGAGCGUCGCCGAGUUCGAGACGUUCUGCGUACUGGCCAGCCCGUACGAAACAGCGCACGUGUCCCGCCUCGAGUACUCGCCCUCAAAUUCCUCGAUGCUCCGCUUCCGAUUGCAUUUUGUGGCCGACCACUUCCACUUCCCUCAGAUGCCAUUCAGGGCUAAUAAUACGGUGCUGACCAUCGACCCCGACUUCGAGGAGUUGCGCUUGCCGUUGGCCCCGCCCCAUAACGUACCAGCCAAUGUCAGCUUUGCGAUUCGGGAAUUCAGCUUUGAACCGGCCACCUAUUCCGCACCCACUUCCACCAAUUCCACUCCAACCCUCUUUUCGGUUGACCCACAAACUGGCUCGCUGCGCAUCUCCCCAUUCUUCGGCGAGAGCGAGCAGGGCAUCUACACAAUCCACACCGAGGCCAUCGACGCCAAAUCCGGCAAACCGUUCGCCAGCUAUCUGCAAAAUGUGCACCUCGUCAGUGACACCCAAAAGGUUCGACUGGUCUCCGAGCUGGCCGUGCCCGAGCUCGCCUAUAAUGGGGAAAAGCUGUUGAGGCAAUUGGCAGCAGCGUUGCAGCACGAGGAUCCCGAUCGGGCUGUAGAUGUGGUUGGAGAUCGGUUGGAGAAGUAUCCGGGAGAGAAGGAAAGAGCCGGUCUCUGCGUGCACGUGGCAAAAGGCGGCCGAGUGUUGUCACGCGAGGAAGUGGUCGCUUUAAUCGGGCAAGCGGUGCGAAGAGCCGAUUCCCCGCUUCAUAACAUCUAUCACAUCUACAAGAUCGUUUCCGUUGAGGCCUGUACGCCAUCCACGAAAAAUCACGACCGAUUGAGGAGCAGCUCGAUUUCCAAUUCUUGGCUAUUCUUGCUGUGCAUCACCAGUGUCGCCCUCCUCGUGAUGUUCGCCGUCACUUCCUAUUACUGCCUGGUGCAUAGAUAUCGAGUACGGGCCCAGGAGAAGCACCGCAUGCGAGUGCAAAAAGGCCCAUUCCCGAGUGGCACACUACCAGCUCUACCUCCGUCGCAUCUUGGGCUACCUCCAAUGUAU